AUGGAGGUGUUCUUCGAGACUCAGAGUGGCUCAACGUUCUCCAUUGAAUUAGGUUACUGGGACACAGUGUUAGAGAUCAAACAGAAGAUCGAGAAGUAUCUACGUAUCCCUGUUUCCAAACAAACCCUUUUCUUCAAUGGCAAGGUUCUUCAAGACCAUCUUGAUAUCCAAAAAUGUCACAUCUUCGUCAACUCUCGUCUCCAACUCUUGGUCUCUUCUUCUCCAGUGAAUCAAACGGAGCAAUCUCCUCCGUCAAACUCAUCGGAACGGAUCAUCAACGAUCAAGAUUUGCCUGUGACGGUUCAAGUGAGAACAGUUCAUCAACGAUCAAGAUUCUUCUGUGAAGGUGAGAACAACAAGAACAACGAUCAAGUGAAUCAAACAGAGCAAUCUCCACCGUCAAACACAUCGGAACGGAUCAUCAACUUUCAAGAUUUGCCUGUGACGGUUCAAGUGGCUCAACAAACCGAGCAAUCUCCACCGUUAAACUCGACGGAACAGUUCAUCAACGAUCAAGAUUCUUCUGUGAAGGUGAAUCAAGUGCUUCAAAUAGAGCAAUCUCAACCGAAAAAUUCAGCUAAUGACGUCAUUGUGUGGAGAACCAUGAAAAAUGGUCAAGUGGUUCAAUACGGGGAAUCUCUAACGUCAAAACCAGUCAAAAAGAUCAUUAAGGUUCAAGAUUCGUCUGCGAAGGGAAGGACCACCAAGAAGAGGAGAAUGGUAGUAUAUGUUUUGCCAUAUUCCGGCGAGAGUGAAGCUAAGAUUCUGGUAGGUGUGGACCCGAGGGAUACCGUAAAAGAAAUGAGGAAAGAGUUGGUUAAGCUUCAAGAUAAUGGUCGGUUAAAUCUGCCUCAACAAGGAUAUUUCUUGACACACGGAAAGAGUGUAAUCAACGAAGAACAGUCAUUCACGUGGAACGGUGUUCAUCCUUGCGAUACGAUCAAGAUUCAUCCUCGAAAUGUCUCUGUUACUCAUAGCUCUUAA